AUGGUGCCGGAGGGGGAAACUCCACUUUUCGACAGAACGCAGACUCGUCGCCUUCAAGAAAUGACAGAUCAAGCGCCACAGCUAUACGGCCCUCGUGCUCAGACAGGGGCUGCUUCGGACACGUCGGGUUCGUAUUCAAAGGAGCAGUUGGAAGCUGAGGUGAGGAGGCAAGUAGAGCUGGCCUUGAGUUCACAGAAGGGAUUGGCUGAGGAGAACCAAAGACUUCGUCUGCAAGUGGAGAGGCUUAGUACAGAGGUCUCGUCGCGUGGAGGAGUCGGACGCCAGCCUAGCACUCUGAUGACAAUGGGGAGUACAGCUACACGUCAUGUCGACGAGCGUGAGAGAAAGGGCGACGAAGCUACGGGCCGUGGAGCGCCGAAGGCAAUCAACCUGGACUUUCUGGACAUGGGCGUGAGCAAGGGGGCCGAUCAAAAGAGCCUCACCGCGAGGCCGAAGCAGGAGGCAAUCCACGUGGACAUUCGGGACAUGAGGGACUUCCAAGAGGUGAUGUUUUUGGGGCCCCUGGAGUACCCGAAGGCAAUCCACCAGGACUUUCUGGACAUGGACGCGGGCAAGGGGGUCUGUUUGAGAAGGCACAGGGACACCAGUCCGACUAUGACUACCAGCCAGGGCGUCAGACGUGCCAGUAGCUCACCUCCACCACAACGAGCGUAUGAUGAGACCGCGCAAGAGCCUGGUGUGUCAGAUGGGGGUACCGCGCCCAUGGAUGCUCUGAUCAAGGGGAUGUCGCAGUUACAAGGAGCUAUGGCCUUACAGAUGGGACUGGCUGCCAACAAGCCGGAAGUUAUCAGACCCGGUGUCUCAGGUGCGGAGCUCCCCAAGCUACAAGAACCCGAUGAUCAAGCAGCUAUAAACAUAGGCGAUUGGUUACAUGGUCUGGCAGGUCCUAUGGGGGAUUUAACCGACGGCAGUGCUAAAUGGUGGGGCGAGGUCAUGGUUUCUCUCGACAGGUUUUAUCAAGAUUAUAUGGCUGCACCCACAGUUCGCAAGGUGCAACUACGGGCCGAGGACUACCUGUCGCCGGAGCUCAGAGAACCAAAAUGGCUGCGUCUAGACAAGAGGGCUGCAAGCAUGUUACUUCAGGCGGUACCAGAGGGACUGAAGAAUGAAUUGCUGGCCAACAGAUUGAACACUACGGUUGGAAUCCUGGGACGUAUAUUGGUUAUUUACAGGCCAGGUUCGGCGGCUGAGAGACAACAAGUUCUACGUGCGCUAGAAAACCCAGGGAGCUCAGCUACUGCGGCAGACUUGGUGGAAGUUCUCAGGAAGUGGAUGCGGUGGUUGAAGCGGGCACAGGACUUGGGACUACAAGUACCGGACCCAAGCAUAUUGCUACAGGGGCUUGACAGUGCAGCACGACAGAUGUUGGACAAGAGCCCGGAGGUUGUGUUUCGAAGCAAUAUGAUGAGGUUCAGUUUGGACUCGGACUCCAACCCCAGCCUCGACAGCAUAUUAAGGUAUCAUGGUCACCUGCUGGCCGAGUUCGAGCAGCUAUCCUUUCGUGGGAGAUCGAAGGGGGCUGGAGGAUCUAAUCCUGUGGUCAAGAGCCUCACGACGGGGCAGGACGCAAAAGGAGCCUUGGCGAAGUCAAGCAGUUCACCUGGAGGAGGUUCUAGCUCGAAGCCAUGCAAGUUCUACUUGUCCGAGACGGGGUGCCAAAGGACGAAUUGCAAGUUUCUACAUGAUUGGCAAUCGGUUCCCAAAGAAGAUCGCAACAAUAAGUGCAAAGGAUGUGGCGGCAAAGGUCAUAUGAAGAAGGACUGCCCUUUGAAGAGUGGCGGCGAAGGAGCACCUCGUGAAGAAUCUGGGAAGGGGUCUGGAGCACCUCGUGUCAAGAACCUCAACAACAAUGACAAGCGCGAGGAGGGAGCUACACAGGCGCAGGAUUCUUCAUCUACUUCACCAACCGCUACAACAGGGAUGGCCGGAAGCUUGGGCACUCCAACCACUCCCACAAUGCCUACCUCAAGUACCACAACGAACCAGAGCAGCGAGGAUUUCUUAAAGAGCGCCACCCAAAUCUUGAAGCUGAUGGCGGAGCAGUCGGGUGCCAGCUCCUCACAGAUGCCCUCCAUGAAGAUGCUGAAGAAAGCGGUAUCUGAAAUGGAAGCAAGGAUGGCUUUGGUGGACUCGGGAGCCACACACCCGCUGAGGCGGGCUCAGGGUCCUGAGUGGGAAAGGUCACCGGAGGUGGACGUGGUUGUGGCUGGAGACUCAGUGGCGAAGAUGCGACAGAAUGAAACGGGAACCUUGUUGACUUCACCUGGGGCUCUGGGUUCUCAAACAAUUCUCCCGGUUGGCAGCUUGGUGAAGCUCCUUGGCUACGAGUUGGUUUGGACAAAAAGGGGAUGUACGUUGAGGGCGUCAGACGGACGCGAGAUAGCAUUGAAAGUGUCUACCGGAUGCCCUGAAAUCAGCGAAGCUACAGCCUUGGAGCUAAUUGCCAAGAUCGAGGAGGAGAAGUUGAACCAACUUAAGGAACGGGCGGAGGUUACAAAGUUGGCGAUGUUGAGGGCCUGGCGAUGUUGA